CGAAAGUUGAAACUUUGAAGAGCAGGAAGAAGUGUAGCAGUAAAGCCGGAGUUGAAUGCUCCACUCUCAAAGCUCUGCACUUUCCUUCGCAAAAGUUGGGUUUAGCGUGCAAAGGAGAAGCUUGGAUUACUCUCAAGAAUCCCCCAUUUUGUUUUUAAUUCCAUUUGUUCUUCCUUUUCAAUCCCUAUUUUGCUUUCCUCUUCCAUUUGUUCUUCCCAAUCAAACCUUCCUUUUCCCUUUUCCAUUUCUGAGAUUAGUUCUUUUGAUUCGGUCAAAUAAUCUUCCGAAAUCUUCUUUUCAUGUCAAUUCUGAUUCCUCGUUACGGAUUACGCUCGGUAAUGUUUCAAAAUUCCUUCCCGCCUUUGAUUAAAGUAUACAUUUUCCCUUCCUUUUGCCUGUUCUUCGAUCUCCUUUCUCGGAAUCGCCACGGUGUUCAGUUUUAUGCAAUGAGUUUUGCAGUAAGGUAAUUGGCAUUGGUGGUGGUUAUGGGAGGUGGUACGGUCGAUGUGGUUAGCAGUAAAGGUUGUUCUAGGCUGCUUUUUGGAUUCUCAUCGCCGCUAUCGUCAUUGGGAGGCUUGAAACAGCUUGAUUCCAUGUCUCUCGCGUCAUCGUCUUCAAGGUCUGAAUCGGUGAAAGCUUCAUUAACCGGUCCCUUUACUGGACUCGUAAUUUGCGUUACUGGUUUAUCCAAAGAAGCAAGGAAACAAGUUAAGGAAGCUACAGAGAGAUUAGGUGGACAAUACAGCCCCAAUUUGCAUCCACAAUGCACUCAUUUGGUGGUUCAAAGCUUAGGUGGACGCAAAUUCGAGCACGCCUUUAAGCAUGGAUCAAGAAAUGGGCUAUUUGUUGUCUCUCUUGGCUGGUUUGUAGAUAGUGUACGGAGAAAUGUAAGACUGAGCGAGUCUCUUUAUAAUAUCAAGAGUCUCGGGGAAAACAGUGGACGAAUGGACGAACUGAACCAACUAGUAGGGUCCAAUGGUGAUGGAAACUCCUGCCUUCCAGUGGGCAUUCAUGGAGUUGAGCAAAAUGGUAUGAGAGGAGAAUCUCAUUUACCAUUCUCUAAGCGAGAUCGUGACAGAAAAAAGGACUCUAAUCUCUCGGGUCAAUCCGUGUAUAUUGAUACCGACAUUUCAUCAGAGCUGCGACAAAAGGUUAUCGAGGCAGCUAAGGGAGUCGGUGCCUCGCUUGUCGAUCAAUGGUUUGCUGGUUGCAGCACGAGUCACGUGGUUUGUGAAAGGACUUCCGUCCAUCGAUAUCUUGGCCACUCCAGCAAUUUAGUUACACCACUCUGGGUUCUGAAAACUGUCGAUGAGAAACAUACACAAAGACUUAUUCACAUGUCUGCCGACUUGGCUCGACAGAUUAGUUCAACGCUUGAAGAUCUUUCUGCCGAAAAUUCUACGGAGGCAAGAAAUAGGCAAGCAGAAGAUGCUAGAAAUUUUAGAAGUAAGGCAACCCUCGCAGAACGCGAACAGAUGAUUUCAAAUGCUAAACUUUGGGUGAGGAAACGUCGUGCUUGUCGAGUCCAGACGUGUCAAAACCCAAUACGUCCAUUAACUCCGAGUAGCCUUUUGGAUUCAAUCUGCUGGUCAAUAUCUGAGCCAAGUUCAUCUGCUUCUAUUUACACAGACUCUUUCAGUAGUGAAGGUGUUAGUGAGCAUCAUCCAGAGUUCUUUGAUGCAACAGGAGAUGGCAAGGAAUCAGAAGCUUCAUUCGCAAACCUAACUCGUCCGCUCAGUGAAAGUGAGAAGUCUGAAAUUGUAUUCAAAAACCAUUACUUGACCAUAUUAUUUCCAGUGGAUCGUUUCUUCGAGAUGGGUCCAUCGUCAAGGACAUUUUUUAACAGCAACGGGUUCACAUGUUUGCAGAUUCUCGAUCAUAUUUAUACGUUUUAUCAGGAGAACAUGUCGGAUCAUGAAAUAGAGAUGGCAAUUCACACUGACUCGAGACAUGCUGACCGACUUCGAUCAGCUUACUGCAGUAGAGAAACAUCAGAAUCUGGUUAUACAGCUUUCAAAAGGAUCGAAUUCUUGGGGAGCCGUAGAAGUUUCGAAAUGUUGAAGCGUGUUAGCGUCGACAACAACAGUAACGUCUACGAGUUAUUGAUCAGAGCAUGAGACUGCUAUACCGAUCCUUACUGUGAGUUGCUCUUGCAUCAACAUAUUGAUUUUCUUGCUAAGCUAAUGUAACAUAUUUGAGAAUUAAGUCUAAGCUUCACUGUUGAAUCUUGUGAUGGUAGUGCACUCUCUUCAACUUAUUAGAGGGUGAAGUUUUUCAAAUCAUCUCAUCAGUAACGUAGGCUUUGUUUGAGAAUUAUUUCAACAAUAAUACAAUAAAUAUAUAUUCGAAUAAUUGUUUUUCGUC